AUGCUAUNUCGAUUAGAAGUUGACAUCCCUGAUGGUGUUAACUGGAGUCUAUUUCCAAAUCUACGAUCAUUAACACUAAAGCGAAUAACUUUUCCGCAAUCAAAUGAACUUGCAUUAGCCCACUUACCUCAUUUAACCUAUUUUUCACUUCUAUCAUGUGGAUUCGAUGCGUCGAGCUAUCUUGCAUAUCAAAUUUUCUCCAAUUGGUUUCCUUCUCUUCGUUACGUUAAUCUAAGUGGAGUUGGUAUGCCUUACGGACGCACAUGGUCUCCGUCACCUAAUCUUCGUUCAGUGUACGCAGUCUGUAGUGAUCCGAUUCUGCUCUCGCUUAUUCCCACUGCGUGUCCCAAUCUUCAUCGAUUGGAAGUCAAACUCGUUUCAAAUAAUUGCGCGAUUGAUCUUCCUUCGUCUUACAAUCGACAUGUUCAAGCACAUCCACUCAAACACUUCAUUCUUACUGACAGUCCAGGUUAUCUAUGUCUUGACAAGAUUGAUUUUCUCUUUACUUUCUUAUCCAAUAUUGAAAACCUUAAUUUGCUUACACACGAUCUGCCAUUUUAUGAACUCGUCUUAGUACUCAUUAAUAGACUGCCUCAUCUUCGUCGAUUCGAUUGUAAUAUUGGCCAAUCGAAUGCACAACAAAGCCAGAAUGUGGAUAUUGAUACCAUUCGAGCUAUUCGUCCAUGUUUCGGUAGGAUUCAAUGUACAGAGAGAAGAAAUGGUCGGCGACUUUAUACAACAACUGAGGAAUGA